AUGGCCACCAAUAGUCAACACAACCCGCUGAACAACCCUGACAUGGCCAACAUUCAGGGCUUGCUCAUGGAUUCACCUAUGGAUCUUCCUCUGCCUUUACCUGACAUUUUGGCCAACAAUAUGUUAGCCUCUCUCUACCUCACCUCCGCCGCGGAGUCUCUGAUCAUGCCGGUGUACAAUCCAUCAAUGUACAUCACAUCUUGGCUCAUGCAAUACCGCACCAAAGCUACUCUCAUUGGUGUACCCCACACCUUACUUGGUAAAUUUCUUUCACACUAUCUCCUGCCUGACAUCGCGGAAUGGAUUUGUGUGUCCAGUUGCCAAGAUAACUGGGACGAGUUGGUGCACCUUCUCACCAGCACUUAUGGUCUUGACCCAGAAGUGGAGAAGGCACAACGUCGACGUGCACUACAAGCCACAACCCAGGGAAACCUCUCCAUCAGAUUGUUUUGCGUCAAGUUUGCAACUCUGGCAAAUGACAUGCCCGAUUCUGGCUGCCUGUCUCCCUGCACAAUCCUCAAAAUUUUCCUCCACAACAUCAAACCUCGCUUGCAUCAACUCAUUGAACCCACUUUGACUGUCUUGGAUGACUGA